AUGUCGACUCACGAUUCAGCCACUCAGGGCCCUCGCUCUCGCUCGCGCGAUUACCCUCCAUAUAACCAAGGAAGCCCUCAAGUUCCGGUCGAGGCUCUCCAGAAAGCCUUGAAGGCUCAAGUCUUAAACUCACUGAGGGUUUUGCGCAAGAUUGCUAUGGAUUACCGCGCAUUCAACCUGGAUUCUGAGAUAAUUGAUGGUUGGGUGGCGGAAAUUGAAGGAGUUGAUGCAAAAACUAUCCCAAUUGCAUCCAGCAUGACGGUGCAGAUGUUUGUUCCUUUCGAAAGAUUGAACUCCAUUCUCACGGAAUGCAUCACAGCUACGGGCCCCAUGCGAAGCUUUACUAUCAGGGAUCAGGCGCUCGAGUUGUUGAAAUAUAUAUUGACUUAUGCGGAGGAGUACUACUUAGUCCAGAGUUCGCAGGUCUAUUUUGAUAUUGGUAGAUGGAUAGAAAGACUUAACCAGACAAAAAUGAGGCAGUGA